AUGCCGAAAAGUCGAGAGUUAUCCUCGGCUCCCGAGGAGGAGGAGCAGAGGCAGUUGGAAGUGAACAACAAGAUCUCUAGGCCUGAAGUUGUACAAACUCAAGGUCAUAAUCUCUGCAAUCGAGAAUCUUCAGCUCUCCCACCAUCUAAGGGAGUCGAGGAUUCCUACUUGUCAUUGGCCGUAGCUCCUCCAAGACGUAGCCCUUUUACCCUAAACAUUCUAGCUGAAGCGCUCCUAGCAGACCUCAAGGUGUCGAAUCUAUCGGAAUAUGAUGGGACGGGAGACCUACAAGAACACUUAGACAAAUUUUACGCCAAGAUUGAUUGGUACGAUUUGAGUGACGCCGCUUACUGCAAGGUCUUCCGCACUACGCUCUCGAAACGUGCAUUAGCCUGGUUCAACCAACUACCCGAUGGAAAUAUUUCUAGCCUCGAGCGGUUGGUUCAACGUUUCUUGCAUCACUUCUCCAUGAACAAAAAUGUUCCUAAAAUGGCUGCAUCUCUAUUUACCAUUCAUCAAAGGGAGGGCAAAACUUUGAGAGACUACAUCCAAAGAUUUGUGGACGCAGUGCAUGAAGUUCCCCAUGUUAAUCAUGAGUUGUUGGCUAGUAUUAUCCAACAGAACCUGCUAUCGGGAAGAUUCAAGGAGUCUAUAACCGGCAAGCCCCCUAGCACCAUGGGAGAUUUACUCGUGCGCUCCCAGAAAUACAUUCGAAUUGAGGAGCCUAAUGCUUUGGAUCCUUCCCUUAGUGGCAAAAGGAAGGGUCGAGAAGAGAAAAAGGAGCUGAAAAAGAAAGAGGAAUUCAAGCAUGUACCACCGGCGGGGUUUGCUCACUAUACCCCGUUCAAUGCUCCCAGGGGGGAGAUAUUAAUGGUGGCGGAACAGCAAGGGCUAAUCAGUCAAUGGCCGGUAAAGAUGAAAGAUAACCCCAAGAGACUCAAAUCCAAUAAGUAUUGUUGUUUUCACCGGGACAGGGGACGCACGACAGAGGAAUGCCAUCACCUGAAGAAUGAAAUAGAAAAAUUGAUCCAGCGGGGACACUUAAAGGAAUAUGUCAACCACUAUCCCCAAGGACGCCAAUUUGACCGUGGGCCGAAUGCGCUAACUCCUCGUGAUGAUAACUAUCCCAUCGAAAGAGUUAUCUUGUGA